CAUUAUUUAAUGCAUCCGCUGCAGAUAAUGAACUUGGAAUGCGAUGUGCUAUGGCUUAUACAGCAAUAGGUGUUUGCACUUUAAUAUAUUCACUUUACAAAUACAAUUCAAGACUUAGUUUGAUCAAUGCUAAAGAACCAGGCCCUUAUGAUGAUAUUGUUGCACCAAUUUUUGUGUGCGUUUCUUUAAUGAUUGCUUUCGGAUUAAAUUUCUAUUUAAAACUUUAUCCAAAAAUGAUUGAAGGAAGUUAUAGUACGAAUAGUAAUGAUAAUGUCGUGG